GGAGAAGACUCGUCGUAGACUUUGUUCCUGCGAGUUGCACCACACAUUGGUAGUAUAGGAGAGAUAUAUGUAUGAGAAGAAUUGAUGAUGAGUUAACAAAUUAAACAUGGCUUAUUCAUGCAGUUUCAGUACUUGCAUAAACCUACUGCUAAUUGUAGGUUUAGUUGUGGCAGAGGCCUUUAGUAAUUCAUCAUCAUUGUUAGAAACAACUAAAACAGAAACAGAUGUUCUGCUCAGCUGGGGGUGGUGGGAUCCUGUGUCUUCAUCUAUCACAAGCUGCGACUUGAAAGGCGUCAAAUGCAAUAAGGCUGGUAGAGUCAUUUCCAUAGACUUCACUACUAUCCCUACCUCCAAACACUUGAUCUUUCAUCCUGUCGCCUUAAUGGAAGCAUACCUUACGAGAUUGGCAUGCUUUCAGAACUCAAAUAUUUAUCCCUCAGCCGCAACUAUCUCACUGGUAAGUUACCUUCUUCCCUGGGUAACCUCACUCAGCUACAGGUGCUUGAUGUAUCUCACGGUGGACUCACUGGUAACUUACCUUCUUCCCUGGGUAACCUCACUCUGCUAGAAGAGCUUGAUGUAUCUUACAAUUCUUUCACAGGCUCCAUACCCGUUUUUCAAAACUGUAGCAGGCUGAAAUAUCUACACCUCUCCACUAAUUCGUUUAGUGGCCACAUCCCAGAAGAACUUGGACGUUGCCCUUCGCUGGAAUCAGUGGAUUCUUAUAAUAAUAAUUUGACCGGAAGCAUUCCUUACAAAAUUCUUUGUUUGCCAAAUCUAGGUUUCAUAGAUAUCUCCUCCAACAAUAUUUCUGGCCCAAUCCUUUCUUCCGACUAUCUUCCAGAUCCAAAUAAGCGUUAUGCAUAUAAUGAUGGUGAAUUCAUUUUCUUGUGUAGUAAAAAGACACAUUUGCCCAUCAUUUACAUAGUUCUUCCCCUUACAAUCGGCAUUCUCUUGCUCAUACUAGCCUCCGUGUUCUGUUGCCGGCAUAAACAUGCAGAAAAUCAAAGCAACAUCAAUACGAGGAAUGGUGAUUUCUGUUCAAUAUGGAACUUUGACGGGCACAUUGCAUAUGAGGACAUUAUAGGAGCCACAAAUAAUUUUGACAUUAGAUACUGCAUUGGAACUGGUGGUUACGGCAGUGUAUAUGAAGCCAGGUUACCAAGUGGUAAGACUGUAGCGCUCAAAAAACUUCAUCGCCUUGAAGCUGAGGAGCCAGUUUUUGACAGAAGUUUUAGAAAUGAGGUGCAUGUGUUGUCCAAUAUUAGACACAAGAAUAUCGUGAAGCUCUUUGGCUUCUGCUUGCACAACCGAUCCAUGUUUCUUAUCUAUGAAUUAAUGGAGAAGGGUAGUUUAUUUUGUGCCGUGAGAGAUGACGCCCAUGCAGUAGAGUUAGAUUGGAAUAAGAGGAUAAACAUUGUGAAAGGUAUAGCACAUGCUUUAUCAUACAUGCACCACGACUGCACUCCCCCUAUUGUUCAUCGAGAUAUAUCAAGUAAUAACGUACUACUCAACUCUGAGAUGGAGGCGUUUGUCGCUGACUUUGGUGCAUCGAGGUUGCUAGAGCCUGAUUCAUCUAAUCAAACAUUGGUUGCAGGCACUUUCGGUUAUAUUGCUCCAGAGCUUGCAUACACGAUGGUUGUGACGGAAAAAUGUGAUGUGUAUAGCUUUGGUGUGGUGGCGCUAGAAAUCAUGAUGGGAAGCCAUCCAGGAGACUUCCUCACAUCUUUCCCCGGAUCCACUUCCAAUAGAAUGCUGAAUGAUCUAUUGGACACACGCCUCCCGCGCCCAACAAGACAACAAGAACAUGACAUUGUUCUUAUUUUGAGGCAAUCAUUUGCGUGUUUGUGCUCAAAUCCAAAAUUUCGGCCAUCAAUGAAUACUUUAUCUCAUGAGAUUUCACAGACUACAAAGAUGCUGACAGCAAACUCUAUUUAUACCAUGUCAGUUGAACAAAUAUGUUGAUUUCUGAUAGUAACUGAAAGCAUUGCAACAAUUGACAUGAUCUGAUUCAACAAUUGUGGUCUGGUAACAAAUCUCAGUUCAUGGAAAGCUUUCAUUGGUGUUUUUAUCUUGUAUAUUCAGCAUGUUAUUUUAAAGCAGAAAUGUAUUUGUCAAUUAUUUAUGCAUGUAAGACAGGUAUUGAAAUGGAUGAAAGAUUUUAUUAGUAA